GAAAGAAAACUUUGGACUAGGGUUUUGCGGAAGUUUUCAAUCUGUGGAUCUUCUUCCCUGAAAUUGACGGUUGAUCCGAAUGCGAAUGUGAUUAGUUUGAAAAUGAAACACCUUGAUUAGGCAAACUUGGGGAAUUUCAUCAAGUUUAUGGAAUUGUGAAUCAAUCUAGAUAAAGAAUUGAAGGUAAAGUCAAUAAUGGAAAGAGCAGAGAAAGAAGAGCUGGUGGUGGAAAAAUCAGAAGAUAUUAUUAACGAUAUUGAAAGAUUACCAGAAGGAUGCAUAUCUGACAUUUUAUCCCUAACAUCACCUGCAGAUGUAUGUAGGUCUAGUCUAGUUUCAACUCUUUUUAAAUCUGCUGCUGAUUCAGAUGCUCUCUGGGAGAGAUUUCUACCGCCAGAUUUUCAGGAUAUCAUUUCUAGAGCGUCGAAUCCUAUUUCAUCAGCUGAUGCACCAUCUAAGAAAGAGUUAUAUAGUCGACUAUGCAAUGACCCACUUCUCAUUGAUGGUGGUUCUAAGAGCUUUCACCUGCAAAAAUCUAGUGGAAAGAAAUGUAUCAUGCUCGGAGCAAAGGAGCUUGCAAUUUCUUGGGGGGACGGAAAAACUCCUUGGUAUUGGGAUUGGCCAUGUUACCCUGGCUCCAGGUUUGCUCAAGUGGCUGAACUGCAUGGCGUAUGGUGGCUUCAAAUUCAUGGGAAGCUGGAAAUCCAAUUGCUAUCCCCAGACACCUUCUAUGUAGCUCACCUUGUGUUUAAGUUAAGGGAUGAUGCUUAUGGAUUUGAUGAUUAUGAACCAAUAAAGGCCAAAGUCGAAGUCGUUGGACGAGCUGAUGGUGAUACUAGUGCGUGUAGCCAAGAGAGACUUAUCUACUUAAGUGCUUGCAGCGAAUAUUAUCCCCCAGAUCCGUUGGAGCCUGAAUAUUUUGCACGGGAGAGAGGAGAUGGGUGGAUGGAGGUUGAGAUGGGUCAUUUCUAUAACGGAGGAGACAACGAGGGCGUGGAGGUGCAUAUGUCCGUGCUUGAGACUGAGAGGAGAGUACACAAGCAGGGCCUUAUUGUCCAAGGUAUGGAACUCAGACCCAAGGUGGGCAUAAUUAGUCAUUCUAAUCCAGAUCCAAAUGAGCACAGUUCUAGCAGAAGCAGGAGUAGGAGGGGUAGAGGUACCAGAGGAGGAAGAGUUGUUUCAUCAUCAUUUACUUAUGCUCAAGCAUUCACUUCUGCAGCAUCUACAUCUCAACCAUCAACUGGAUCAAGAGGAGGCAGGGGAUCAAGGGGAAGAAGAGGUGGAAGGAGUGGCAGAGGACUUUUUCAACAAACAUAAGGAAUCCCUUAGUGUUGAAGAAAUGUAUUUGUGCCCGUCAUAACAAAACUCACCAAUUUUGUAUCAUUUUUUUCCCUUUUAAUCUCUGCAAUUUGAGAGCUCUGAACUGUUGUAGCUCUGAUAAACU